CGUAAAAGGGUGCGUAAGUUUAAAGUACCUAAUUCAAAAAAUUUAAAAAAAUCCGACCAUGGCCAAAAUCCAAGCGCGAUUCUUUUUAUUUCUAGUCUUUUUUACAGUCAUUCGUAAUAACGAAAGUGCCGAAAUGGUCGACGCACAUCUUGGCAAGAAAUAUAAGCUCGCUUCUAGCGAAAAUUUCGACGAGUUCAUGAAGGCGUUAGGUGUGGGUCUAGUGACCCGCAAAAUGGGCAACGCCGUCUCGCCCGUGGUCGAAUUGACGAAAAACGACGACGAGUACACUUUGAGUUCGUCCUCGACGUUCAAAAACGUGGUUUUGAAGUUCAAGCCCGGAGUUGAGUUCGAUCAGGAGACUCCGGAUGGGCGCAAAGUCAAGGCCACGAUUACCGUGGACGGGAAUACUUUGCACGAGGUCCAGAAGGACCCCAGCAGCGGGAAGGAGACGGUUAUUGAUAGGACUUUCACCGAUGAUGAGGUCAAAAUGGUGAUGUCGGUCGAUAACAUCACAGCCACCCGUAUUUACAAGAUUCAAGCCUAAUUAUUUAUCGUUCGAACUGAUUAGUUUAUUGUUUUCGUAUUCACUUGUAUAAGUAAAUAAAACUGUAUCGAAUA